GAGAACAGAAAUAGAGCAGCGCUAAUUAAAGCAACGUACCGCGCUCGAGAUGAUAAUGAGCACGUGAGGGGAAGAAAAAAGAAACAGCAGGAUGAUUCCAGUUAACGAGUUCCGGAACAUUGCCACGGAACAAAAUCCGCGGUUUCGAGUUUUAAAGCCAUGGUGGGACGUCUUCUCGGAGUAUCUGUGCAUAGCCAUGCUCAUGAUGGGCGUCUUCGGAUGCACCAUGCAGCUGACACAAGAAAAGAUCUCCUGUCUCCCUGAUCGCAUCACUGAAGACACUGAUAAAAGCAUGGACUGCAGCUACCUCCGAAAUUCCAGAGAGAAUGAGAGCCUGUGGGAGUAUGCCAUUACCAAAAACAUCGCCCCGAAUGUUGUAGAGGUGUUCGGCCGAAAGAAUGACUUAGACAUUCACCAGUACGUCUACAUAAACAGUUUCUGCUACGAAACUGCAGUGCACUGGUAUGGAAAGUACUUCCCCUACUUGGUUGUCAUCCAGACCAUGAUCUUCAUGGUAGCAAGCAGUUUCUGGUUUAAAUUUCCUGGAACGUCAUCCAAGAUUGAGCUGUUCGUAUCAAUCCUGGGGAAAUGCUUUGACUCCCCCUGGACCACUCGAGCAAUUAGUGAGGUAUCUGAGGAAAGAGAAGACAUGGUCACCUGGAGGAAAAAUGGCACAAUAAAAGCAUCAGCAGUGGAAAGUCCUGAUGAGGAGGAGGAGGACAAAUCUGCUGUCUUUAUUCGUUCUACAUCAGUUGUGUCUAACCGGGAGAACAACGUGCUGGAGCCUGAGAAUGCUACAUCAGUCCUGGACAAGAAGGAAGGUGAGCAGGCCAAGGCGCUAUUUGAGAAAGUGAGAAAAUUUCAGACUCAUGUAGAAGAGUCAGACCUCCUUUAUCUCAUGUAUGUCCUCCAGACAUCACUUAAGGUGAUAAAAUUUGCCAUUAUAACUAUUUAUAGUGGUUUCCUUGUAUCAAACAUUGAGAUUGUGGUGACUUGCAGAGUCCCGCCCAGUCUGACUGGUUUUGGUUUGUUCUGCUGUAAUAACAACAAAGCGCACCUCUUCGCGAAGUUAGCGUACUGUUACAUUGGAUUUGUUGGUGUAUAUGGACUACUAUGCAUAUACUGUCUCUACUGGCUCUUCCAUCGGCCACUGAAAGCAUACUCCUUUGAGCAUGUGCGUCUGGAGACGGGGAUUAACGACAUCCCUGAUGUUAAAAACGACUUUGCGUUCCUCUUGCACCUCAGUGAUCAGUACGACCCUCUCUACUCUAAACGCUUUGCUGUCUUUCUUUCUGAAGUGAGUGAGAGCAGGUUGAGUCAGGUUACCCUAAAUCAUGAGUGGCCCAUCAAGAAACUCCGCACACGUCUCUUAAGGAACUCUAGCGACCGCUUAGAACUGCACCUGUUCAUGUUGCCAGGCUUACCCAGCACUGUCUUCGAUGUCCCAGAAGUGGAAUCUCUGAAGCUGGAACAUGUCAAUAAUGUGAUUAUUCCUGGCACAGUGACCCAACUUGCAUCUUUACAGGAAAUCUCCCUUAUUCACUGUCCUGCCAGACUUCAGCUGGAAGCACUCACCUUCCUACGGGAGAACCUGAAAGUCCUACGCCUCACCUUUGGCAACAUAGAUCAGGUCCCCUUGUGGAUGUACACUUUAACAAAUCUGGAAGAGUUACACCUAAGUGGGCCUCUCACCAAUGAGCUCCAUCGUGGUGCCUCUCUAGAAACCUUACGGGAGCUCAAGAACCUUUGUGUACUGACAUUGCGUAGUAAACUUACCAAGAUCCCUUCCAGUGUGGUGGAUGUAGGUGGACAGCUCUUAAGAUUAUGUGUACACAAUGAAGGCACCAGGCUGCAUGCCUUCAGCAGUCUAAAGAAGCUGGGGAACUUGGCCACACUUGAGCUGACUGGCUGUGAACUUGAGCGUCUCCCCAGUGCUAUUUUCAGCCUCACCAACCUGCAACAGUUGGAUCUAAAGGAGAACAGGCUUACCACCGUGGAGGAAAUUCUUAGCCUUCAGCAUUGUCGCCGGCUGUGCACACUCAGGCUGUGGCACAACUCCAUUCGCUGCAUCCCUGAACACAUCAACAAACUGCGCUCUCUUGAGACACUGGACCUGAGUUGGAACAAGAUUCAGAGGUUGUCGCUGCACCUGUGCUACUGUACCAAGCUUCGGCACCUGGAUCUCUCCCACAAUCAACUCGCCUCACUGCCCCCUGAGAUUGGUAUCCUGCAGAGUCUGCGGCACCUUUCUGCAGCUUACAACUCGUUGGAAGUGCUCCCAGAUGAGCUGUUCUCAUGUAAAAGGUUGAGGACUCUUGAGCUGGGGAAUAACAGAAUUGCCUUUUUGUCUCCAAGGGUUGGGAACUUGGCCCACUUGGUGUGUCUGGAAUUAAAGGGGAACAGGCUGGAGUCUUUGCCUGUCGAGAUAAGUGACUGCAACCUCCUAAAGUUGACUGGACUGACUGUAGAGGAGAGUCUGAUUGAUAUGUUGCCUUCUUACGUAAAAGAUAGAAUGAAGGAAAGGUGAAUUAAUGAUACACUCAUAUUUUACUCAGAGUUGGAUAAACCAAAGCAUAUUCAAUAUAAGGAAACAUACUUCAUGGGUUAUAGAAUUUUUUAUAGGUUGAAUAAGUUGAACGUUUCAUAUAACUUGGGCAUGACUAAUUUAUUUUUUAUUUAUUUACCUCUUUGCGUAGGAAAAAAAAACAUGCCAAGUAAAUCUUAGUCACACCUGGCACGAACACUCACCGUUUCAAACGAGCAGUUAGAAUCAAUGGAUGUUAUUUAUUGCUGCAUUGAAGUGCCUUU